CUCUGAGUACUAUCACAUAUGAUUAGAAUUUUUGCAAAAUUACGAGUUUGCACUAUGACGUCAAAACCAUUCUGUGGGGAUUUUAAGCACAGAGUUCUAUGAGAGCGGUAGAAUGUCAGAGUAAAAUUCUAGAAGAAGUGGACUAAGGCUGAAAAUGGAAAUGCACACCAGCAAGCUCGAUGAAAAAAGGCCGGCUAUGGAAACAUCGUGUAAAGGUCCCAUGAUCAGGAAGAGGAGGAGCAUAGAUAUGCCAGUAAAUUUCAGGAUUAUGUUGGUCGGAAACAACUGGCUAAGGACUAGCAAGGUGGGCAACACACUCCUGGACAAAGAGGUGUUUGAGUAUAAAGACAAUUCCAGCCCAGGGAAGAAUCACAGCUCAGCAUUCACUGGAUAUGUACGGAAUACACACACAACUGUGGUCUGUCCAGCUGACCUGUUCGCCUCAGACUUCACAGAUAUCACUGUUAGACAGAGGGUGAAGGAGUGCACAUCCCUGUGUCAUCCUGGACCUCACGCACUGGUACUGGUGGUGGACCCCAGUGACUUCAGAGAACAGCACAGGCGGCGGAUGGAGCAAAUCAUGGACUUCUUCUCAGAGCAGGCCCGCAAGCAUGCAAUUGUCUUCAUCUACAAAGAGAAAAGGGAGAAAAUAAGGAAAUUGAAAAAAUAAUCCAAAGUUGUGAAGGACGGAAGCAUCUGUACAAGAAAAGUCAGAAGGACGCACUAGGGUCCAUAGAAGAGAUGGUCUUGAAGAAUCACCACAGACUUCUAACCUAUAAAGAUGCAGAUGAUGAUUUGAAAAGCAGCUUAGGUGCUGUGUCCUCAGAGAAGCUAACUCUGGUGCUGUGUGGGAGCGAUGCUUCAUUGAAGUCUACAGCAGCAGACUUGAU